ACGUGCAUAAUACUUGAUUUCUUUUUGUGUGCAAUCAUUUAAUGAAAUGAGCAGCUCUCAAAUACAUCUCAACUUUUCAAUUUUAUCUGUUUGUUUAUAAAUUGGCAUGCGACCACGGAGCAGACAACCGGGUGAUUGGAAAGUGUAAAGCACUAUGUGACGAAAUUUAAUCUAGUAUUUUUAUCCGAAUCAAAGAUAUUUUUUGAGGAAUCUGUGAUAAAGAGAAUAUAUAUAUAUACAUUGAAAAGUUAUCUCGUAUUUCAUGUUUUCCCACUUCAUUCGAUACAUAUCUUCUUAUUCUGUGCUGCUAAACUUGUUUCUUUCUAAUAUCAGUGUUUAAUGUUUUUAUUUUUUAAAUUUCAUUCUAAUUCCCAUUCUGGGUACUAAAAAAACAACAAGAGUGAAUUCUUAGAAAACAAUCAAAAUGAAUAAAUUCAGCAUGAAUUUUCUUCAAAGAACUCGAUAUUUUAACAAUAGAUUCUUUUUCCGAACUUACGGCGUAAGCUCAGAAGAUCUGGAAAAGAUUAAAAAAUUCAAAGAAGAACAAGCAAAAAUAAUGGGAAGUAACAAAAGAACUAUUAAUUUACUAAAAGAUGAAUUCAGUAGAUAUAAAAAGGGAAAGUUUUAUCCACCAGAACCUAAAGUACCUAAAUACUCUGAAUAUGUUAUCAUCGGAGGCGGAAUCAUGGGUUCUUCUAUUGCCUAUGCUUUGAAAAACCGAGCGCCUGACAGUUUUGAAGUUACAGUUAUUGAAAGAGACCCAAAGUAUACUAGGUCAUCAUCAGCCUUAUCUGUUGGUGGCAUUCGUCAACAAUUCUCCUUAGAAGAAAACAUAAAACUAUCUUUAUACAGUGCUGAAUUCUUAAGAAAUGUGAAGCAACAUCUUAGUGUUUUAGAUGAUGACCCACCAGAUAUUCAAUUUCAACCUCAAGGAUAUCUUUUUUUAGCUACUGAAGAUGGAGUUGAACAAAUGUUGCAAAACCAUAAGCUCCAAAGGGAAAUAGGAGCAAAGGUGGAACUUCUUAAGCCAAAUCAUUUAAAACAAAAGUUUCCAUGGCUGAAUGUUGAGGGCAUUGCUAUGGGGUCAUAUGGUUUUGAGAAUGAAGGGUGGUUUGAUCCCUGGGGUCUUCUAUCCGCUUUUAAAAAGAAAGCUUGUUCACUUGGAGCUCAAUAUGUAAAUGGAGAAGUGAUAGGCUUUGAGUUUGAAAAUCAUUCGCUAGAAAGAGGUGAAGAUGCGAAACCUUCAUAUCAAGCAAAUUAUUUAUAUGUCAAAGAUGAAGUAGGUGAAAUCCACUGCGUUGAAUUUGGUUUUCUAGUAAUCGCUGCAGGUGCCUACUCUGCUGAUGUUGCUAAACUUUUAAACAUUGGACAGGGAGAUGGACUUUUGAGUGUUCCUUUACCUGUAGAACCAAGGAAAAGAUAUGUGUAUGUCUUCAAUUGUGAUUCAGGUCCUGGUAUCAAUAUGCCUCUACUUAUUGAUCCAACUGGUACUUAUGUUAGGAGAGAAGGUUUAGGUGGAAAAUAUAUUUGUGGCAGAUCACCUGCUCCUAAUGAAGAACCUGAUGUGAGCAAUUUAGAAGUGGACUACAACUUUUUUGAGUCUUCCGUCUGGCCACAUUUAUCCAAACGCAUCCCAAUCUUUGAUUGUAUCAAAGUUUCAAGUGCUUGGGCUGGCUACUAUGAUUACAACACAUUUGAUCAAAAUGUUUUAUUUGGUCCUCAUCCAGCCUAUCCAAAUAUUUUCUUUGCCACUGGUUUCAGUGGGCAUGGAAUACAAAUGGCCCCUGCAAUUGGAAGAGCUAUGAUGGAACUGUUGAUUGACAAAACAUAUGUUACCAUUGAUUUGCAAAGGUUUCAUUUAAAUAGAGUAUUUCAUAAUGCACCUCUUUAUGAGCAACACAUUGUAUGACAAUGAAUUUAUUUAGAAAUUAAUCAAUUUAAAUUUAGUACAUGAUUUUUUAAUUAAUUCUUACACAAACUAAAUUAAUAUGAAUUGGAUAUGCUGAAGCUGCGAGUAUUUGUUCAUGAUAUCGUAUUUUAAAAGAUUUUAUCAUGUUUUAUGGAUUAUCUAUUUCCAUUUUAAGUCAAAGUGCAAAAUUAGUGAUUUAUUAAAGUUAUUUUUAAAUACUUUAUAAAAAUAUUUUGAGUUUAAUACAUAUAUUAUUUUUGUUUCAAAUAUUUUUAGUUAUUUAUAUAGCGAUUUGUUUAGACUUUGCAUGUGAAUUAGGCAGUUUUCUAUCAAUCAAAUCUGUAAAUUUGAUUUAAUUUAUGAUACUCAAAUCUGUAAAUUUGAAAUAAUUUAAUAAUGAAGCAGCUAUCUUGUUCUUUAAAUUAUAAGCAUCAAAUCACUGAAACCUUUCAGCAUAAGGUUAAUGAAGAAGAAGACUUGAUAUAAUAUUAUAUACAAUAUUUCAUGUAUUUUUUUUACAAUUUUAUACUUAUU